CAGCAAGCUUGUGAAGAAGGUGAGAAAGUAUCCAAAUUUUAGACACUGCGAGGCUACAACUUACUUCAAGACACGGUUUGACUUGACUCUGAAUAAAAACUCAAUAUCCAGGGCAUUAAUGGAUGCAAGAAGUGUAGUGUAUGGGGAUGAGAAAGAGCAAUAUAGGAUGGUGCUUUCCUGAAGACCCGGUUUGGUGGACAGAUUUUGUCAGUCGUGGGGUUAGAUGCAAAUCAUCAUAUCUAUGUCAUAGCCUGGGCUAUCGGUUUGGUGGACAGAUUUUGUCAGUCGUGGGGUUAGAUGCAAAUCAUCAUAUCUAUGUCAUAGCCUGGGCUAUUGUCAAAGUGGAGAAUACAGAGACAUGGAGAUGGUUUCUUGAGCUACUUCAUCAGGACUUGGAGCAUUAUAAAGAGUAUGACUGGUGCUUCAUAUCGGAUAUGCAAAAGGGACUGAUAUCAGCAGUGAAAGCGGUGAUGCCUGAUGUGCAUCACCGUUUCUGCGUCUGGCAUUUAUGGAAAAAUUUCAACAAGAACUGGAAGGACUUACAGUAAAGGGGACUUCUGUGGGAAUGUGCAAGGGCAACAACAUACCAAGAAUUCAGGGAUGGAAUGGAGAAGAUCAAAAGGUUAAUACUUAAUGCCACUUAUUUCUCCUAUAGGAUCUUGCACCGAAAAGACCUUCGAAACUGUCACCACGAAGACGAUCCUCUAAUCAGCCAACCGCACCAACAGUGAAUCCCUUGCAGGGUGCAUCUUCAGCAACAUCUUCAAAGUUUGCCAACUUGAUGCAGUUCAUCCCAACGCCAGGAUUUAGGCCCCCAAGAAAGAAGAAUUGAAUACU